AUGAUCGACGUUAUAAAGGAUUAUUUAGCUCCGAAAAGAUUCGGUGUAGUAGCCUACAUAUGUCUGAUAGUUCAUUUCCUAUGUGGAUUAGUAUUUACUGCAGUAACAUCGUCAUUGAGAGCAGGAGAAUUUGGCAAAUUUUCUUGUACUGUUGAUACAGGAAGUACGAUAUUAUACAAGAUUUAUGUCGAGAAGACAUGUUAUUCAAGGUACGAACAAGCUUAUAACUCUCCUCUACCUUUGUACGGCUUCGUUUUACUGAGCACUGCCAUCGCAGUACUUGUCAGUGUCAUUUAUUCUCUCGGAGUAAGCAGCCGUGUUGAUGAAAUCGACAAAAGCCCGAGCGGAAGUGAGGAGCCAGCAGCAACGGAUGGCGGAGAAACGAACCAUGGAUUUCAUGUCCUCUAUUUCUAUUUUCUCCACCUUGUUGUCCGUUCGAUAUUUGGAGUUCUGUUUAGUGUUCUACAAUAUACAGUAUUCUACCCCAAAGGAUUUGAUUUCCAAUUCAGUUGCACUCUGCCAAAUUCAGAUGUAACGCAAAUUGGGAAUAAGACGAGCAUGGGUAAGUUCAAUUAUACUACCACAUCGAUUGCCUGUGAAAAUUCGAGCGCAUCAGAGAAAUGGUUGUGGAGCAUGAUUGUCUGUGUUUUGAACACUGCUUUUGCCUUGAUAGUACUUUGUGAAGUGAUUUAUCUAUCUCGACGACUUCCAAUCCUCGACUGUCGUUCUGUGGUUGGCUGGAGCAGCGAUACUCACUUUGUUACUGUAUAUCUUCUCCGUAAGCGAUAUAUGCGAGUCGAAGUUGCACUGACAAGCAUGGAUGACAAUACUCCGCCAGUUCACAGCACUCCGCCAGUUCACAUCACUCUGCCAGUUCACAUCACUCUGCCAGUUCACAGCAAUCUGCCAGUUCAUAACACUCCGCCAAUUCACAGCACUCUGCCAGUUCACAUCACUCCGCCAGUUCACAGCACUCCACCAAUUCAAAGCACUCCAGAUACUAGCAUUGCAGACAGCAGCAUUCAGGACUCAAUAGACUUUUAUAAACACAAGGUUUUGGAUGCUUCCCUUACAUCUGACAUAUGUUAUGCACCGAAAGUUGAUUUAGAUCAUUUGUACAUUGAUGUUGUUAUUCACACUGAACGAGCUCGACACAAAUUUUCGAAGGAAAUGGCCAGACACGAAAUAUUUGAUGUUUAUAUGUUGGUUCCUGAGUCCUCCAUACGCUUGGAAGAAAUCAAAGACUUAUUUUAUCCAAAUGAAGAUACUUCCGGCAAGACUCCUCACAUUAUUCUGGCAGUUGGACGCCCUGGAAUAGGCAAGACUGUUUUGACACAAAAAAUUCAUCGUGAUUGGGCAAAUGGAGAUGAUGAAUUUUACAGAGGGAAGAUUGCCUUCUUUUUUAAAUUUAGAUGGUUCAAUUUUGAAGAGUUAAAUAACUUAUUGCUCAAAACAUUUCUACGCUAUGGUACUGGGCUUAGCGAAGAAAAAUUUGAAAGUAUUUUUGAAGAGAUUCUAAAGGAACCACAGAAAGCACUUUUUAUUUUUGAUGGCUUCGACGAAUUCAGUGGUGACCUGAGCAACUGCUUCGAACAGUCACAAAUACUUCCAAACGAUCCCACAACCUGCACAUCCGCAAUUAAUUUAUUUCUGAAACUUACUAAUGGUAAUCUUUUGAAAGGAGCAACGGUUGUCGUAACAAGCAGACCGACUACAGAACGUUUUUAUUCAAGGAUCUAUUUUGAGCGAAGUGUUGAAAUCAUUGGUUUCACUUUAGAUAAAAUUGAAGAGUAUGUUAGCAGAUUUUGUGAGAAUAAUGGUAGAAGUGAUUUGAAACCAAAGAUAUGGGACCAUAUUAGAGCCUCGUCAGACUUGCUGAAUUUAUGUUACAUUCCAGUAAAUUCUUUUAUUGUUUGUGUUACCAUGACCCAUUAUCUCAGUGAUCCUAGAAAUGACACCGGUGCUCUUCCAACAACACUGACUGAACUUUACAGUACGGCCAUAGAUCAUUUUGCGAUGCAUCACAACAGAAAUUUAGACGAAACAUCCUCGGAGCAAAUACACAAGGACCUUCAAAACUUGGCAUUCCGUGGUAUGGAAAACGGACAAUUGGUUUUCAAUAAACAACUAUUUGAUGCACAAAUGAAACGUUCUGGUUUGGUAAACAGUUUGUCUAAUCCAAUCUUUCCACUUCAAAUGCAAUUUUGUUUUAUACAUUUAACCAUACAAGAAUUUCUUGCUGCAAGACACGUGACUGAAACACUAGCACCGAACGAGAUAGAGAAAUUCAUUUCCACUCAUAUUGAAAGUGCUAAGUGGUAUUUAGUACUACAGUUCAUUGCUGGACUUUUAGGAGAGAAAACUAAGAUAUCUGGCAGUGAUUACCAUGAUUGCAUUAUGACCUUCACAAAGAGCUUCUCUUUACAGACUGAUAAAACUAUCGAUCUUAACAAUGUUGGUCAUGUGCUGGUAAUGAAAUGUUUAAGAGAAGUAGAUGAUGAGGACAUUGCUAAACAAGUUUGCGAAAAAACUGACUUAAAUCUUGUUACGAGAAUUUCUGGUUGUAGCUGUGAUUGUGACUGGGCUGCAAUUACUUUUGUUUCGAAACAUUUGAAGAAUUUAAAAGAUUUAUUUUUGCAGAAUGUAAUUAAGCAAGACAAUCAUUUUCUGGACCUUGGAAAAUUUGUAAAACAAAGAUGUCUAGAAAGUCUGACCUUGGAUAACGGUGGAAAUCCAUGUAGCGACUACGCAAAAAAACAUCUAUUCGACAAUUUUAGGAAUUCAAAAUGUACACUGAGCCAUGAACAUGCUAAACUCAGCACACUCCAUAUAUCUAUUCAAAUGAAAGAUGAAUAUAUGUCAAACUUAUGUGUAUUUAUUAAAAACGGAAAAGCGAUUUAUCUUCAACGACUAAAUCUGAGUGGCAAUUAUUUUACUUCUUGUGGAAUAUCCCAACUCUGUGAUGUUCUUAACGAUGACCAUUGCAAAGAACUAAGAUAUCUGAAUUUUAGCACUAAUUACGAGUUGGAUAGCGAAGGUCUGGGUAUGUUGUGCAAUACAAUACAAGGACAUUGUACACUCCUAAAUACAUUGAUUUUUGACCACUGUACAUUAGGUGCAGCAGGCGUGAGUUCGUUAUGCCAACUUCUCUGUGAUGAACGUUGUAAAUUGAAUGUUUUGUCAUUGGAAGGACAUUACAUAGGCGAUAAAGGUGUACGCAUGCUGUGUACCGAUGCUUUGAGAAGAGAAGAAUGCCAGCUUACUGAUUUAGGACUUAGUCAGUCUAACUUAACAGAUGAGUGUAUACCACUUUUAUGUGAGACUUUGCAAGACAGAAACUGUAAGCUGAAAAAACUGUCACUAUAUUGCAACAAAUUCACUGAAGAAGGCAAGACCUUGCUUCGUGAUGUUGAGAAAACUGAAAUAUGUAAAGCUAGAGGUUGCACAUUAUACAUGGAGAACCUUCUACUGUAA